AUGAGUAAACAAACUGAACAACUUGAACAACCUAUACCUAUAUCUGAUGAAUCACCACCAACAAAUAAUAAUAAUCAAAUAUGUGACAAAACAAUAGCUAAAUUUAAUUGUUUAAAAGAAGCUUAUAGUAUAUUUUAUAAAUAUAAUCAAAGUUUGAUUCGAGAAAAUGAACGUUGGAAAAUUGCUGUUGAAGGGUUUAAUAAUUCU